UUGUUUUCCUAGUUUAUAUCUUAUUAAGAGGCAAGAUGGCGGGUCUGGACUUACACCUGAUCGAGUAUAUUUGGUUUUAACUAAGCAUAGCUUUACGAAAUGUUUAUAAGUAAGACUGAUUGUGUCUACCUAGGAUGAGAAUCAAUCUUGCUGAUACAACACUACUAUACGGAACCCAAAGUAUAAACGUGUACGGACACACACGGAAGGACACAGAGAAACAGUUAGAUCUCUCCGAUGUUCAGUUUCACGGCACUCAGUGUUCUGUCAACUACUUCCAAUAAAUAGUCAUUUGUAAUAUUAAUAAGUAUUUCGACUGCAACCUUAAAAAUAAGAUUAUCUAGAUUAAAAUAGUGUGUCAUCAAAUAUAAGUGAGAAGAUAGAUCAAAACGAAAUCAAUAGGCUGAUGGAGGACUACGUGGCUCGCAGCUUCCCGCUGGAGGAGGAGUACAAGAAGCCGACGGGCAUCACUCCACAGGACAUCGCUCAACUGCGCCAGUGGCUCGUCACGCAGCCGCAUCUACCACACGAACGCAUCACAGAUCUGGACCUGAUCCUCUCGUUCCACAGCUGCAAGCGUUGCAUGGAGAGCACCAAGAAGCUACUCGACACCCACUACACCAUGAAGACCACCUUCCACGCCAUCUUCAAGGACCGAGUCGUCGAUGCCAAGAUACAAUUGGCUUUGGAGAGAGCACUACUAAAACCGCUUCCAGCUCGCACGAAGGCUGGUGAUGCCAUAUUUUAUUCGCGUCUGUUGGACUUGGAACCCAGGAAUUUUAUGCUAAAAGAAACAAUGAGAGCAGUUCUAAUGAUUUUGGAACUGUGGCAGUACGAAGAAGGCACGUGGCCGGGCCUAGUCAUUUUGUAUGACCUGGAAGGACUCAGGUUAGGACAUUUGCUAAGGUUAGAACGGGAAGUGCUGAAACAAUUCCUCGCUUAUUUGGAGCAAUCAAUUUUAGUAAAAAUAAAAGAGAUACAUCUGCUGAACGCACCAUAUUUCGUGGAUAAGUUGAUAGCCCUCGUUCACAAAUUUAUCCGAUGCGAGCUCUUCAGUGUUCUCAAAAUCCAUCAGACUGGCACGAAAACGCUCGGAAAUUAUAUUGAUGUCUCAAUAUUACCAAAAGAAGCUGGCGGUAAUUACAAAACUUACGAAGAGUGUAAAGAUGAAACAAUGAUGAAAAUUAUGGCGAACAGAGGAUUUUUCGAAAAUGAACUCAAAAAGCGAGCUAAUCUGGCGCUACGACCAAAAACGAUAAGAUAUAUAUGAAAAUAAAGAUUCUAUACUACAAUUUAAAUUAUUCUGUUAUAUUAAUUAAGGUUUUAUCUCGUUAAAGAGGCAAGUAUAUGGAUGAGUAAAUGCAUCUACAAUUAAAGUUUAUUGUUACAGUAUUUA